UUCGCCCAUUAAAUGCUCUUUUUUCCCUCUUCCUCUCUGCUCUCACUCGGUCUACGUUUCUCGGUCAGUCUCGGUCUCGGUUGCCGUCCGGUAGGAAUAGGAAAUGACGACCGCAAGUGGCCAAUCGGCAAAUGUGCUCAUGUGCCGCCAGUGGUGGAAAGUCUGCUGGGUCUACGGUGACCAGGACAAAUAUUACAGGCAGCUCUACGGAGGCGUCAAGACGGCAAAGUCAACCCAGACCACCGACCACCUUCCAGUGAGACAGAAGGCGCCGGUUCAAAAAUAUUUCAUCAGACAGCAAGUUGAACAACAUGUACGAGAGGAACAACAAACCGAUCAGCAACAUCAACGGCGACCCCAGCAACAGUUGGUCAACACCAUCAUCAACCAAAAUCACAACCUGUACGUAAAAGGACAUAGCCUCUUUAGUGCGGGAUUGUGGACUCAGAUGGCGGAAGGAAAAACACAGUCUCAUUCUGAUGAUGACUCUGGAUGUGCACUUGAAGAGUAUACAUGGGUCCCACCAGGUUUAAGGCCAGAUCAGGUCUAUUUGUUUUUUUCGGGAAUCUCUGAAGAUAAAAUCCCCUACGUUAACAGCGGUGGUGAAAGGUACAGAAUUCAACAACUUCUACACCAGCUGCCUCCUCAAGACAAUGAGGUCCGGUACUGCCACGGCCUCACGGAGCAUGAAUACAAAGAGCUAAAGCUGUUUUCAGCAGAAAGAAAACGCGAUGCACUCGGAAGAGGUGUAGCAAAGCAGCUCAUCGCACCACUCACAUGUGCUCAGUGCAAAGAGGUGGUUGCAUCUGGAGAAAUGUGCGUCCAAGCAGCACGUGCCGGUCCAGAUUCUUGUUGGCAUCCUGCAUGCUUCGUAUGCAGCGUUUGUGAAGAAUUGCUUGUUGAUCUCAUUUAUUUUUACCAGAAGGGAAAGAUGUACUGUGGAAGGCACUAUGCAGAAACACUUAAACCAAGAUGUUCUUCGUGCGACGAGAUUAUAUUAGCUGACGAAUGUACUGAAGCAGAAGGAAAAGCCUGGCACAUGGAACAUUUUGCAUGUACUGAGUGUGAAAAACAGCUUGGAGGUCAGCGUUACAUUAUGAGAGAAGGAAGACCGUACUGCAUCAACUGCUUUGAUACUCUUUUCGCAGAAUUCUGCGAUUCAUGUGGAGAACCCAUUCGAGUUCAUCAUGGUCAGAUGAGUCAUGAAGGGCAGUACUGGCAUGCGACAGAAAAAUGUUUUUGCUGUCACACAUGCCACAUUUCUCUACUCGGGCGUCCAUUUUUACCUACAACUGGUGCGAUCUAUUGCUCGAUCGCAUGUAGCAAAGGAGAACCACCAACACAGGAUCACCAUGGUCCAAAACCGAUCAAUAAAGAACAUGCAAAAGUAAAUAAGUCUGUGGAAUCAACAAUACAUGGACUUGACAACCUUCCAGGACCUUCGACUAAGCCAAAAACUGAAAUUGGAGUGAAUAUUAGCAAACAUGCAAGGACAAAAGAUCCUUUGGAUCACAGCGCAAUGACCUCAGAACUGGUUCCAAGAAACAGCUAUGUUUUAUUUUGCAGAUUGUCAGAGAAGCAUGCUAUUAAUGCUAAUUUCAUUCAAGAAGGAAGAAAAAUUAAUUCGCCCAAAAUGAGAGAAAGGGGAUUGCAGUUAGCUUCGCAUAAAAGGCGUUCCAACUCAUCAAAUCAAAAGAAAACAUUACAAAUUGCAAAUCCAAGCAGUAAAGGAAGAUCACUGCAAACGUCUGAUCAGAUUUUCCUGCAAGAGCGAUAUAAGCCUGAAGGAAACUCUGCAUCUAGCUCACCACUAGGCCAAUACGUCAAUGAGAGUCCAAGAGUUAAAAAUAAAUCAUCAGAAUCAUUAGACAAAAUUGAUAGUAUCAUUCCACCUACGGGUAUUGAAGAAAGUGAUUUUGAUCUACUUUUUAGUUCUGCAAACACUGAAAAAAGAAAUUUCGACGAUCAAAGCAUAUGCUUAAAGAAUCUUGAAACAAUGUUUGAAAAAGACAAUUGCCAAAAUUUAGAAUCUGAUUUAAACAAGUUAGUAUUAGAUCCAAAAAUAAAUCAAAAUUUUAAUAUAACACGAACAACAGUACAAAGGGUAACUAUAGACAAUUUUGAAAAUGGAAAUAAUGAAAAAAUUAUAGUAGAAAAAGGUGUUGAUGAACUGCUUUCGCAAUGUAGUGGCAGGGAUAGAGAACCUCUACAUUUUGGCGACAAUUCACGGAGUAUAGAGUCUUGGGGGAUUCAUAAAAAACCACUGAAGAGUGUCCAACCUUGCAUUCCGAACCCUGACAACAUUGCGGCCGGUCCAUCCAAGAAAAACCUUAGCGUAAGAUUUCGAUGUGUCAUACCAGAAAAGGAGGAGCCCAAGCCAAGUUGUAGUUACCAAGACGUCGAUGAUGACACUGAUAGCACCUGUUCUACAUGUUCCUCCAGUUCAAGCGAUGAUGCAAAUAUUUAUAAGCUACCACCACGUAAGGCUUACGGAGGAGUCCGAAUAUCCUAUGUUCCUAAUGAUGCUAUUGCCUGUGCUAAGAGACAACAAGCACAAAAUCCAAUUAACCAAAACCCCAAAAAAGCAGAUGAAUCUUGUGUUAUUUCAUAAAUAGUCUUAUGACAGAACUCUCGUUAAAAUAAGUUUGAGUUAUUUUUAAAACACAAGCAUCAAGUGAAAUCAUAAAGCCAAAAUGUAUAUAUUUUUUGUUUGUAAACCAUAAGAAUGAGCCACAGAAGUUUUAAGGAAUCAUCACAAAUAAAGUGUGACUAUCUACACUACCUACUUUUGAUUUUGUAGUUUAUAUAUUUAACUUUUUUUAAUGAAAGCAUCCAUGUUGUGUAAUACUUGUAAAAUUUUGUAUAAUAUGUAUUUUAAUUUUUUUUUGUUUAAUAUAAAUUACCUCUCUCUUAAUUAAUGGUGCUAAUGUAUAAAACUAUAACAUGUCAAUAAUUAUAAUAUUUAUAUAAUUCAUGUACCUGCUUUCUUUGUAUGUCUAAACUACCUUUGCCGUCUCUUCUAACUAGUGGAAUAAACAAACUAACAUAAAUUAUUAUUUUUGUACGAUAUAAUGCAUUAAACUUCAAUUAUGUAGCUCUGAUUAAAGACUUUACUGAACAUUCAAUUAAAUUUGUGGAACUGCCUGCUUGUAAGAGAUAAUAAUAAGCUUUAGGCUAAACAAGUUCAAUCAGAGAAAAGCAAGCAGGGUUUGAUUUUGUUCUUUGCACUUAAAUUUCUGCUUAUUGAAUUAAAAUAUGAAGUUUUCAAAUGGAUUUUAAUGUUUAAUUCGAUAUAUUUUCUGGAUCGAGCUAGCAGCUAGCAAAAUGCAAAGUUGCAAAAUACGCAUUGAGGUACAGCAGUAAAUAAUGCAUAAUAUAAAUAAAUGUUUUCAUUGGUUUAACAAUAAUUCCUUAGUAACAUAACUUAAGACACAAGUAAAUGUGAAAUUUGAAAUUGGCAAACAGAGAAAAUAAUAUCAAAUCGAUAGAGAAAAUAAUUUUUUC